GUUGCCAUCCGCCAUUUUUGAUAAACAUAUUGUGUUGUCUGCUUGGCGACCCGUGUUUCAUCGUAACCACCUGCUCUAGACGAAACAGUGAUAUCUAAUCGCAACUUUGAAAGAAACUGCAUCUAGAUAUCACGUCUCAAACAUCCAGUGAUGGGGAAAAGGAGAUGCAUAUGUGAGAUCUGUACAUGCGGGCGCCAUCGCUGCCCGCAUCGCCCCAAUGUGACGAUAGGGAGGGGAGAUAGACCAUGUUUGCUGUCAGAGUACAACACAACCUACAGGGCCCACCCUAUCGUGCCCCGGGAGUCGUGCAAGCCCCCAGCAGUAGCCAUCAAGGGUGAUGGACCCCUGGAAGACAGGACUACGCACAGGGUGGACUACAUCCCCCACCCCAUAGAGCGCCCCCAGUUCCAUGUCCCUGACCAGUACUCCCGGCCUGCUGGGGAUCAUGAUAUGAUGACGUCAUAUCACAAAGAUUAUACAGAGAAGCAGGGCGCCCCAGCCAAGGCCAUCAAACAGCUGGGCAUGCGGCACGUACCAGGGAAGUUCGAGGGCGAACCCACUUACAAAACUGACUACAGAAAGUGGGAUAUGGCUGGUCGCCCUAACAGAUUUGGUGAUGUUUCUACCUGGAACCCUCCCCAGCAGCCAUUUGAAGGACAGAGCACAUUCACCCGGGAUUACCAGCGCUACAACCAGGCUCCCCGUACCACCAUGAAACCAAAUGAGGCUGCCAAAAUGUCUGAUGCUCCUUUCGAUGGAAACACUGGCUACAAUGCUGCAUACAUUAAACAUCCUCUUCAGGCAAAGUUUGUGAAGGAAAAGGACACCUAUAGACCAUCUGGUGUCCGCUUUGAUGGCCUGUCCACCUUCAAGAGAGACUACCAGGGGGCAUAUGCACCAAAGACAGACAGCUGUAAGCCUGACGCUCAGGCAUUCCAAUCUCAGGCCCCUCUUGAAGACAUGACAACCUUCAAGAAUGACUACCGGAAAUGGGAUGCUGAUCGUCCAUUUGUAAGGGAUCCGGAGCAGUACAAGAAGCCAGUCGGCGACAUGGACAUGAACACAACACACAAUCUGGCAUUUAAGGAAUAUCCUUUACAGCGUGCCUUUGCCAAGAGGCCCCACUCUGCAAAUGUCAUGAGAGCUGGAACCUUCGAUGGAACUACAAACUACUCCACUGACUUCCGCCCAUGGGACCUUGGACAGAGGAGCCGUCCAGUCAUGAAGCCAGACUACCAACCCAACAACGCACCAUUCGAGGGCAUGUCCACCCAGAAGUCUCACUACAUUCCUCACCCAAUCAACCCCAACCAAAGCUGCAAACCUUCCAAUGACUUCGUCCAGAGCCAAGGUCCCUUUGAUGACAACACAAUGUACAGGAUGGACUACACCCCCAAGGCUUCGGAGCCCUGCCCUGCUGCAGUCAUCGAUACCACACGAUCCACCUACAAAUUUGUGGAACUUGAUACUCGUGGUCACAAGCUAUAUCAACCUGUGUUUGAGUCUGUCACAGCACUUAACGGGUACGAGAGAGGUACCCCUCAGGUUAGAAUGCAAACUCUUGUUGCAUAAGGACUGACUUAUUUAAAAGACUAAUAACCACAUGUACAUUUUAUAUACUGUCAUGGCUGUGUCUUAUUCUGUUUUAAUUAUGGAUAUGUAAGUAAGAAAUAGUAAAAAGUAAAGAAGUGUAUCUUUACGUUGCAUACGCAUAUGUCAUCAAAUUAUAGGGUAACUUUUGAAUACUAAAUGUUAUUUUUCCAUUCUUUUUGUGACAAGAGUGAAUUUCAUUAGCUCAGCCAACCACUGAUAUGUAAUGGGAGGAUUUUAGUAGACACAUAGUAUUAAUGUGUUACAGCAUUAAAGGACUAUUAUUCCGUCCAGAGUUACCCCACUUGCUGCAGCAGGCUCCUCUUCCAAUCUGCCAAAUGUGUGAUUGUGCCUACAUGGCACAGAUGUGUUUCUGCCAUAGAUGAUAGUAUAGACAUAUUUUUAACCACAUUUUUGUAUUUAUGUGUAGGAAGUCUUGUAGAAUCACUGCCCUUAUUGAGCCACUUGCUUGAUAUUUAAAUCUGUUAUGUUUUUUUACAUGUAGGAAACUAUCUUUCAGUCAUUCUAUUGGUAACAAUUCUCAGUUAAUUUUCCAUGUGAAUAUUUAUAUGUGAUUUUAUAAUUUGUUCAGAAACUAAUUGUUACAAAUAUCUUGAAAAUUACAAUAGCUAAGCAGUUGACUUGGGGAGAAUUGUUUUUUCCCUUUUUUACCUUUUGCGUGAAGGAAGAUCUUUUUCACUCAUUCCAUUGUAAAUGAUUCUCAAUUAAGUUUCCUUACAAAUUUUUAAAUAUGAUUUUGUUAUUUGUUUAGAAACAAGUUGAUGCUAGUUAUUUACAACUACAGGAGCUAAGCAGCUGGCUUGUAGUUAAUUGUUUUGUUAUGAGCAUAUUACUUAUAUAUGUUUAUCAUACUGUGAUAAUUAAAUGUAAAUAUUGCCCAUGAACAAAUUUGAAUUUUAUAUAAAGAAUAUUGUUAUUUAUUAAGGAAUUGUUGAGUUUGUGAAGACGUGGGAGAGUGAUUAUCUUCAAUUUCGAUAUUUCGAUUAUGAAUGAUUUUGUCGAAGGUAUUUCAUGAUAUUAACAUUCAAGUCUUUUUCUUUACUUCUCUUAAUUUUUCAAGUAUUUUCGCCAUGAAUGUCAAGGGAAAAAGACUUUUGUUUUCUGUUUUAAUUACCAUCAGUUUAAGCCCUGUGUGUCAGGUAUUUCUUUCUGAUAUUGUGUCAAAACACAAGAGUGGUGGCUGAACAUAUGUUUACAUGGCACAGGUUUUUAGGACAAAAGAACAUAAUUAACAUUCAGUACACCAUUUUUAAGGGUGAAAAGCCAUAGAAACUGCUGUUGAUAUUCGUCAAACAAAAACAAGACAAAGACUCGUUGGAUGUUCUUGAUAUUCUUUCUUGCUACCUUAUCAUGAGUGUCAGUUUUCUUUUGGAGACUUCUUUUUAUCUUUUAUUUAUUGAAAGGAAUAUUUGGAAUAUUAUUUAAAGCCCAUUUCUUCAUAUUUUGAAGAAUGGAAACUUGUUGUUUAAGUCAUUGAAGCUAUUGGGAUCAUGCUACUAUUAUAUAACAAGUCCAACACCUUAAUUAUGAUAAUUGUUUUAUGAUAAUUAUUUUUACAAUGUAAACCAUUGGUAAAACUGACAUAAUAUGUGACAUGUAUUCUGUAGUAAUGUUUGUGAUAUUGACAAGUGUAAAAUGAUUCAUAUCUCACAAUAUUCAUUUCCUAAAUCUGUUUCAUUAGUGUAGAAGAGACUGAGUGCAUUGUUAACUGUACACUGAUGAUAGAUACAUGUGUUAGUACUAUAUGUCAUGUGCAAGUAUCCGUCUCAUGUUGAGAGAAUGCAGAAACAUUUCAGAGAACUGAAAUGAACACCACUGUGAUUGAAAUUGACAAUGCUGUCUUUGUAAAUAAAUGUGCCUAUUUAUCUACAUAAACGAUACUCUAUAAAUUUUCUGUACCAUAUCUGUGAUCUGGUUUUGAUAUUCUCAUCAAAACACUGGGUAUUCAUUGGAAAAGAUAUCUCGCAAUAAAACAUCCAAAUGUCA